GAUCAAGCUCCUCUUGUGGGAAAACUUCAGAUUGCAGAGAUGGAGAGAUGGGUUAAAUCGAUUAAAUCGAUUAAAUCGAUUAAAUCGAUUAAAUCGACCGUGUUCUGAUUAAAUCGAUUCUAGGUCGACCAGACGGCGGAGCUAGUCUCGCUAGUCAAAAAGUUCGAAUCGGAGGGUGGGUUAAAACCGGAAGAGAGCAAGGGAAAGGGGCAUUUGCUUUCCUUGCGGUGAACGAUGGAUCUUGUCCAGCGAAUCUUCAGAUGGCAUUUGAACUCUAUGGUAUGCUGGCUGGGAAUGUUAGUCCUAUGACUGGGGAAAAUGUGAAGCCAGCUUAUGGAGGUGAGGAAGAUGCAUUCUUGAGGAAAGUUGUGACUCCAAUUUAUGAAGUGAUUCAGAUGGAGGCUCAAAGAAGCAAAAAAGGGAAGUCUAAGCACUCCCAGUGGAGGAACUACGAUGAUUUAAAUGAAUACUUUUGGUCAGUUGAUUGUUUUCGGUUAGGUUGGCCAAUGCGAGCUGAUGCUGAUUUCUUUUGCAUGCCUGUUGCUGUACUCAAUACAGAAAUAGACGGGGUCUGCUCGCGGGUGUAAUGUUUCUUUUCCCUCUGCUACGACGGUUUCUCGAGAGGUCCAACUACAGAAUUGUAAGUGCAGGUGUUAUAUUCCGGACAGAAGCAAGUGGAUGUACCUGUCUCUACUGGUGUUGCAAAUGGAGACUCGCAUGCUGAGAAAAAGAGAAAGCUAGAGACUUUGCAGCUUGCAGUUUCCAUUAUUACUAAUGCAGUAACACAUUGUUGAAUUUGUAUUGAUUCUUGAUUCGGUUGUGUUAAUAUAUGAAAUCAAGAUUAAUUUA